AUGCUAGUUCAUUCGUGGAUCGUAGCUCUCGUACUAUGCGUGCAUAGUCACAUCCGCAGCGCGGAGGCCCAACAGAUCAAGACGAAUGGUCUCGCAAAAAUCGACAGCCCUCAGCCUGACACAUUCGUUCACAAUCAUAUUGUCAUAGCCGUGGACGUGGACGUGUCUCAAGCCCCACCACAGUCUGGUAUCGACAGCCUGGAGAUAUACCUCAUAUCUGUUCCAUUGGGUCUGAAUCUCACAGUCGCGGCUGGGCCCACCUUCCUGAAUAGUGAACCUACCAGCACAGUGAAACAUCUCGACUAUUUUCCGCCGUCAUGUGCCAAAGCGGGUGACUAUGAGCUUACCUUCUACGAAGCGUCCCAUGAAGGCGAUCAGAGAUUCUUCGACAUUACGCCCAUCCGCGUGCGGGUUGACCAAACGGAGGGGUCUUCUACUUUCUGCGACGCGACCCCACCCCAAGCUUCCCCUGAGUCUAUCGCACCCCCACCAUUGCCGCCUCUACCUGAUGGCCCCGACGCGCCUUUCGUUCCCUCUCCGCCUGAGGACACUCCCCGACCCUCUGACACGCAUACAAACCAGCUCAUGGAGCCAUUGGUAACAUCCCAGGAGUCUCCCAACUCUAAUCCCACCAUGACCUCUGCUCCAGCGUCUGCUAGCGGCACCGCCACCCUCGAAGGGAAAGCACCUACAUCUACGGCUGAUCCUUUCCACUCGUUUGUCCUACUUCUCCCAGUAAGCGGCGCUCGGACCAAGGCCUCCUCAUGUUCUACUGUUCAGUUGAUGUUCACCGGCGUCUUCGUGCCACUUGUACUCGUAGUAUGGCAUGCUUCACUAUGA